AUGGCUCUCGUCCCGUUUCUCGUUGCUUCCAGGUCUCUAGGGAAAACACGAAAACAAUCCUCUAGACCUCCUGCGUAUGGCCUGAUAAUGGGCACCCUGAACCUUCACCACUACGGUGUCCCGGCGGAGAACGCUCCCCUCAACGCGGUCUCCAAAUUGGCCCCUUUCUCAGCAUUGAUUAUCUCCAUCAUUCUCGUAAUUCUUUUUGCGGUACGCUUCUACCUGCUAGAGGCCUUUCUGAUCCGUCGCCUCUAUGGCACGACCUACACGAAGCUCAGUCUGGAGAACCAGCGGGGCUUCAUCAACCACCACAUCGCCGGGACCAUGAAGAUCAUCAUUCUCAUUAUCGCGGCAUAUCCCUUCAUAUCCGUCAUUAUCGGCCAAUCCUCAUUCCACACCCCGUAUGUGCGUGGGUCGCCAGUGAAGCUGGGUGAUAUUUUGAUUGUCGCUGCCCAGAUGCUCAUUGGAAUGUACAUCUUUGAGCUUCUUUAUCGGAUUAAGCUGUCACCCAUUGCCGUCUUGCACCACCUCGGAACAAUUGUGAUCGGCCAGGCCGCCAUUGCGAUCGGUCUGGAUCGGGUGCGUGAGCCCGACGCGGGCAUCGAAUUCAUGCUUUGUCUUAUUUGGGGUGUCUUCGAUAUCAUCUCCGAAUUCUUUCCUCACCUCGCCAUCAUCCUCUAUCGAGUUUACCCUCACCGGCAUCAAUUUCUCAGUCGUGUCUUUUUCUAUUCCUGUUUAACCACCGCGAUUGGUACCUUAUGCGAGACCGUCGUGACGAUGUUUCUGUUCGGCUGUCUCUGGGAUCGUUGGCAGAUUGCCUUCAAAAUAGCCACGCCCUUACUUCAUACCGCUUUUUCGGCGGCUCAGGUCCACGGCAGCGUUGUCUUCUGGCGCAUGUAUAAGCGACAACAAGUCUUUCUCAAAGAAGGUGUCAGUCAGCAGCUCGUGGAAGACGCACAAACUGAGGGAGAGGAAUCGGAAAACAAAAGCGGUCCGUUAGAUGUGCGCGAGUUCGCUUGA